AUGGCGUUCAGCAACAUCUUACGAACCUGGCAGCAGCAGGUAGGCACCCGGCGUUCCUAUUUUUCCUGUCAUUGGCAGAUCGGUGGACUCUCGUUACUGACAUGUAGCUCUCCCCUAGACGAUGCCUUUUCCGACGAUCUCGAAACCUAUCAGUCUAUAAUGCUACCCGCUCCCGAGCUCGGAAACCUCCCCGAAAUCGACCAUGUCAUGAGAGCAGCGAGCAUGACACAAGCCGGCCGCGACGCAUUGUCGAAGUUUGUUAUCCGGGAAGAGUACAUAACAAAGCUCAUACCAUUGGUCACAGUGGCAGAAGAUCUCGAGAGCCUACCGGACCUACACCGUCUCUGCAAUAUCAUGAAAUCUCUCAUCCUCCUCAAUGACAAUACCAUUAUCGAGACCGUAGUUACAGACCCCAUUAUUCUAGGAGUUGUGGGGGCACUGGAAUACGACCCCGAGUUUCCUACACACAAAGCCAACCAUCGGCAGUACCUUGCAGACCAGUCACGCUACAAAGAGGUGGUCCCGAUUAAAGACACCCUCAUCCGUCGCAAAAUUCGAUGCACCUGGCGUUUGCAGUAUCUAAAGGAUGUGGUCUUGGCCCGGAUCUUAGACGACCCGACUUUCUCAGUCCUCAAUUCGUUGAUCUUUUUCAACCAGGUCGAAAUCGUAAACCAUAUCCAAUCAAACGGCCCUUUCCUGAAGGAGUUAUUUUCGGUGUUCGAUCCGAGAAAUGCCGAUGCAAAGCGCAAGGAGGAUGCAGUGCAGUUCCUCCACCAAUGCGCAUCCAUUGCCAAAAACCUACAAGCCCCGGCGCGCGCCAGUCUCUUCGCAAACUUCAUCAGCCAUGGCCUCUUCGCUGUGAUUGCCUUCGCUAUAAAGCACCCCAACCCCGCUAUGCGCACGACUGGAAUUGAUAUUCUAGUUGCACUGCUUGACCAUGAUCCUCUCAUGAUGCGGGGAUAUAUGCUUAAGGCCGUUAAUGAGAAGAAAACGCCGCUGACUGAUACGUUGAUUGAUUUACUUCACUUGGAGUCGGAUCUCGGCGUUAAGAAUCAACUCGCAGAUGCAGUCAAGGUUCUAUUGGACCCCCAGAUUCUUUUGCAGGACACGAUGGGUCGGGCUGGACCCGAACAGUACUCGAAGCCACGUCCUAAUAUUCUCUCCGAUGCUUUUGUUCAAAACCACUUUGAUGAAUCCGCUAAGAGGCUAUUCAUGCCGUUAAAACGUCUCGAGAACCGCGCCAGCCUUAGCGACCUCAAGUUUCAAGAAGUGGCCUUGCAUGCUCAUCUUGUUGAUAUCCUCACUUUCUUUGUCCGUCAACAUCUGUACAGAAGCCGUGCUGUUAUCCAUAAUGAAGCACUCGCUCCCAGAGUUGCUCAGUUACUUACAGUACCCCAGAAGCACCUCAAGCUGAGUAAGUUAACCUAUUCGAAAUCACGUAUAGAGAUUUGUGUGCAACCGCUUACCUUUGGGAUAGUCGCGUUGAAAUUUUUCCGUACAUUAAUUAGCCUCCAAGACACAUUUUACCAAGCUUUGAUGACACAUAACAACACGUUUGGUUUGAUUCUUGACAUUGUCUAUGAAACAAUGCCACGCGAUAACCUCCUUAAUUCAGCUUGCCUCGAGCUCUUCGAAUUCAUCAAACGAGAAAACAUCAAACCCAUAGUUCUGCAUGUCGUUGAAAAAUACGGUGAAAAGCUCAAGAAUAUUACUUAUGUCAACACAUUCCAGGACUUAAUUUUACGCUACGAGCAAAUGCAGGGCUAUGGCACAGAAGCGGAGUCCACUAUCUACUCUCAAGAUGAAGGUACACCAGCUCGUCGAGUCCCGCCCAACGGACAACGUUGGCAGGGUGUGAGGGAGAUGGAUGCGGCAGAGGAGGAGUAUUUCAACACGUCUGAUGAUGAGGAAGAGUGGCAACAUGAAACUGCGGCCAACGCAACAAUGGCUCCUCAGAUGCAGAACGGCUCCGCCUCACCAGUCGUUAAGCCUCUAGUCGACUAUCCAGAUGACGAUGAGGACGACGAUGCUAUGGAUACGAAGCCGGAGGGUAGUGAAGAGCAGAAGCAGCAACAGUUGGUACGGCAAGAAGGCACUCCAACCCCUGACGCCGCUACUGAGUCUACCGCGGACGCACCGUCAACUCCGGGUUCAUCCACCGUGCAGACACCUCCAGAGCGUUUGUCAGAGAAGCGGCGGCGUGAGGAGGAGGACGAUGAUGAGUUGGUUAAGCUCAGCUCCGGGCCGAAACGGAGGACCUCGACCAGUGGUAGUCCUGGGGGUGCUGGUAUGCUGCGAAAGAAGAGAAGCGUGUCGAUUGGGUCGCUAUCAGCUACCGCGGAAAAAGGGACAACUCAGAGUAUCUUGGGAACCGUGACUGGCAGCACAGCACCCAAAAGGAUAGCCAUCAAUCUUAGCUCUAAGCCAUUAUCAGAGACGGACUCUAUUGAUCCUGCGGCAAGUACUUCAAGCAGUGAGAAAGAAAACCGUGACGAGAACCACGGUGAAAGUGGUUAA